UGAACCCUUGCCAUCUCUUUCCAUAGCUCCUCCUUCUUUCCUCCCAUCACUUUAUCUCUCUAUCUAUAUAUAGCUCCAUAUAUUCCUUUUCUUUUCUUUUCUCCUUCCCCCUCUUCUGCUCUAUCCAGCACCAUAAAAAAAUCAUCAGCUGAACUCAAAACUAAGGCGUAGAUUAAUCAGUAGUAUUGGAGCUCUGAGGCAAAAGAGGAAAGAAAGAGAAAAGUGGAUCGAAGGCAUGGGAAGAGGCCUCUCCCUUCCAACGAGCCGGAAGAGAAGGAAGAAGAGCGCGUGUUCUCUCGCUACACGGCGGCGCGCGCGGAUCAGGACGCGUCGGUCAUGGUGUCGGCCCUCGCGCAUGUGAUCAGCUCGAGCUCUUCGGGGGUGGGAGUGGGAGUGGGAGGGAGCGAGCCUGCGGUGAUCCAGCCCGAGUUGAACUCAGCCAUGGCCGGGACGGAGUCGGGAAGCAUGGGGAGAGAUCUCAGCCAGCCUUCAGAAGAGCAAGCUCUACAUCGAACACGCACCCCCUUCUCCCGUAUGAUGCCACUGCUGCUCCUUUGUGCCUCCUCUUCCCCCUUCUCAAGUGGUGCUAUUCGCGCCUCCCCCACUAAUCCUCUCGUGACUACACUGCUCGCCGGCCGCUGCUCUAUGAUCUCCUCCUCCUGUGGCCCUUUGCCUGUCGCGCCUCCGACACCAUCCUCCGGCCACGCUCUCCUCUUCCUAUCCGUCACACCUCUUUCGUUCUCUACGGCUCAGCAUCCGACAGUAGAGAUGCGAUGGAGUUCCAUCUGGAGAGGUACUGUCAGGAGAUGUGGUGGAGUUCUAUCUAGAGAGAUCUGGGUGCGCUGCGAGGAUAGCAGUGAUGGCUACCGUUGGAGACACCGAAGGAAGAAGGAGGAAAUGGAAAUGGAAGGAAGAAGAAGGAAAAAAA